AUGUGCUGAGGUCCCCGCAGCUGACCGGCGAUUCCCGGCGGGGCGGAGUUGGAGCCGCAGAGGGAACCGAAGGAAAGGGCAGUAUAUCAUGACAUCGCAAGAAAAGGCAGGUCUCGUGAGGACUGCUCCUGGUGUCCAGGCCGAAACUGAGGAGUGUGAGUCUCAGCCCCGAGAAUUGACUGGGCGUUUCCGUUGUCAGCAUCUCAAGACAGGAACCAUAUACUAAAGACGAUGUCUGGAAGCUUCUACUUUGUAAUUGUUGGCCACCAUGAUAAUCCCAUUUUUGAAAUGGAAUUUUUGCCACCUGGGAAAACAGAAUCCAAAGAUGAUCAUCGUCAUCUGAAUCAGUUCAUAGCUCAUGCUGCUCUUGACCUUGUGGAUGAAAACAUGUGGCUUUCAAACAACAUGUACCUGAAAACUGUGGACAAAUUCAAUGAGUGGUUUGUGUCGGCAUUUGUUACUGCAGGCCAUAUGAGAUUUAUUAUGCUUCAUGAUAUAAGGCAAGAAGAUGGAAUAAAGAACUUCUUUACUGAUGUCUAUGAUUUAUAUAUGAAGUUUGCAAUGAAUCCUUUUUAUGAACCUAACUCUCCUAUUCGGUCAAGUGCAUUUGACAGAAAAGUUCAAUUUCUUGGGAAGAAACAUCUUUAAAGCUGAAUGCAGAAAAAUUUCAAAAUAAACAGUGUCACAAUGGGAUAUACUCAGGAAUGUGUACAUUGUAACUUGAUUAAAUAG